AAUAGUGUUUGCAUUGUGGCAGUUUAGCAUACCAAUCAAGAUCGUUUGGGGAAAAAUAUCGCAAAUGAAUUUCCAUUGUAUUGUAUUCCUUUUGGGAAUACAUUCUUUUUGGUUUACUACAACAGCUUCGACAAAAUGUCCAGCGAAAUGUAAAUGCAAUAAUAAAUAUGAAAACGUAGUCGUAUGCUUGGGACCUACAAUCAGCGAAAUGCCGGACAAUAUUCCCAAUGAUACUAACGUUUUUGUUUUGAAAAAUACGAAUGUGGCGUCUAUACCAUUGGAUUCGUUCAAAAACUUAACGAAUAUUGUGGAAAUUCAUAUUGACAAAAACAGAAGAAUCAAAAGCCUUCCUUAUGGUGUUUUUCAAGGUUCUAAUGUGAAAAAUACUCUUAAAUACAUAAAACUUAAUCGUAAUGGAUUGGAGAGUUUACCCGAGAAUUUUUUCACAAAUUUCCCGAAUUUACAAAGGAUAUUACUCGACGACAACAAGCUGUCCAAAAUACCUGAAAAUUUUUUAAGGCAACUGCCGAAACUUCUUGUCUUCUCCAUAAGAGAUAAUCAACUAUCUUCAAUCCCAGAUGAUUUAUUCGACAAAUCUAUGGUCCAUCUUAGAUCUGUGUUUCUAGACGCAAAUAAAUUGAGCAGUCUUUCCGUGGAAACCUUUGAACCAGUGAAGAAAAAUUUGUAUGAGCUUCAUAUUCAAAGUAAUCUUUUUCAUUAUCUUCCAAUGAAUGUUUUCAGAAUUUUAAAAAACGAUACUCUAGAAGUAAAAGUAACGCUCAAUCCUGUUUACUGCAACUGCAGUAUAGCAGAAUUUAUUGUUUGGGGUAAAAGUCAAAAAAAUCGUCUUCAUGGCGAUUUAAUUUCUUGUGAUGGAAUUUUAAAAAACUUCAAUGAAGUUAACAUUAGUGGUUGUGAAUUAUCCACAAGAAUUCCUCAGACCACUACAACAUCAAUCCUAAUAUCUCCCUUAUCCACCACAUCUCCCUUGUCAACGAUAACCAUCUUAUCCACAACCUACCCCUCAUCCACCACAUAUUCCACAUCCACCAAAAAUCCCUCAUCCAUCACAAAUCCUUCAUCCUCCACAUCUUCCUUACCCACCACAUUUCCCUCUUCCAAUGCAUCUCCCUCAACCACCAAAAAUCCGUCAUCCACCACAUCUCCGUCAUCAAUUGCAUCUUUUCCACACUCCACUCAAUCUCUUCCCACUGAACGACUCUCAACAAUAAGUCAAUAUCUAACCUCCUCUCAAGAUUUAAAUGACAAACCAUCACCAAGCACCAUACCAUCACCAAGCACCAUACCAUCACCAAGCACCAUACCAUCAUCAAGCACCAUACCAUCACCAAGCACCAUACCAUCACCAAGCACCAUACCAUCACCAAGCACCAUGCCAUCACCAAGCACCAUACUAUCACCAAGCACCAUACCAUCACCAAGAACCAUGCCAUCACCAAACACCAUGCCAUCACCAAGCACCAUACCAUCACAAAGCACCAUACCAUCACAAAGCACCAUACCAUCACCAAGCACCAUACCAUCACCAAGCACCAUACCAUCACAAAGCACCAUACCAUCACCAAGCACCAUACCAUCACCAAGCACCAUACCACCACCAAACACCAUACCAUCGCCAAGCACCAUACCAUCACCAAGCACCAUACCAUCACAAAGCACCAUACCAUCACCAAGCACCAUACCAUCACAAACACCAUACCACCACCAAGCACCAUACCAUCACCAAGCACCACUACAUCUUCAACAACACUUCCAGCCUCAAUGGGCAAGUUUUCUGUUACUUCGACAAUCCUUACUCCUCCUGCAGAAAAUACCACCAAAGAAUUAAGCACAAGACAAAUAUCCACCGAAUUUCAAACUUUUUCCCCAUCAGAACUAUCAACGUCAUCUUCUGAUAAAGAAGGUGGCAUCGAAACUCUCGACACCGAUGAUGCAAGUGCAAACAGAAAACGUAUCAUAAUAAUCGUUACUAUCACACUUAUCGUCUGUAUUAUAUUGAUAUUUCUUUUGUUUUGUCUUGUCCACACUGGAGUUAUAUCUUUUGGGAAGUUUCGAAAAAGUAGCAUUGUUAUAUACGAUGGUGAAGAAAAUGUUCUUGUGUCUAUCGAAGCUGGAAAUGUUUGAUUCACGACUUGCUCGCUGGCUAUAACUUUGGCUGAAAAUGAUGACAAUUUUUUGACAAAGGAUGAGUUGUAUUUCCAGUCCUCGCUUCUUACUUUAGCUCCUAGCUCUCUCAUCUUUUUGCUUUGGCUCCCAGUCCUCUCACGCUUUUUCGUUUUUAAUUAUUUUGGCGGCCAUUUUGGUGAAAAAAUUUCGUUAACUUUUAUUUUAAUUAAUUAUCGAAAUGGCUGCUGUGACAUAAAAAGCAAACGCUUUAUAAGAAGAGAAAACUUUCAUUUCUCUGUAACUGGUUAAUGAUUGAAGGCUGUUUUGAUUAGUGAUUAAGAAAUGAGAGGAAUUUUAAUAAGGAGUUUAACGAGAAAUUGAGGUACUGUUGAGCUUAGAAUGAAAACUAAUAAUGAUCAAUUUGUGUAACAAAUGACGAUCUUUGCUAUCGUGUUUUAUGCUUUUAUGGUAUCCAUAAUUGUUUUUAGUAUGUACUUGUAAACUAUGGAAUAGUUGUAAAAUAUUUAAGUGAUUAAAUUGAUGAGCUUUUAAGUGUCAUUCUAAAAUGAAAAUAUAUCAUGUCACAAAUACAA